AAAUAAUAGAAGAAAUUCAGAGUCAUACAAGUCUUGUUCUAUUUUAGCCAUUUUUGGAGUUCUUUGGUUUGCUUUUCUUCACCAAGGUUGCUGAUCUUGGGUUAGUGUGGCUUUGGUUGCACUAAGAAUUAUUACGUGCUAUCAGAGCUUGAGAGAUAAGCAGCUGCUUUGUGACAAGAUCUCUUGUGAAGAAAAUCAGCCGGUGUUCCAAAAUGGAUUCAAGUGGUCAGGACCUUUGGGGUGUUGUUGGUGGUGAUGACUUUACGCCUCCAGAAAAUAAUGAAGAAAAUGCUGAGGCCUUCAAGCAAUGGAGGCAAAAGAAUGCUGAGGCAGGAUUUGCCUUGAAGAGGUCUAUUUCUCAUGGAAUGUUUGAGCACAUAAUCCGUUGCAAAUUUGCCAAUGAAAUUUGGCAAACACUUGACAGCAGCUCUGCUGAAAGACUCACUCACUAUUUUCAGGGCAGAUAUUCACACCCAAUGGAGUAAACCAAAGAUUUUUAUUUUCUAAAAAAAAGUACAUACGCAUACAAGAUGGAGCAGCUUUCUGUUACAAUAUAAUGCUGAAAUGGGUUUUUUGCUUUGGUGUCAAUUUCUUUGCUUAGCUGUCAAUUUUUGGUUUAUGUGUCUUCAAGAUAAAUUGCAGGAUUAGUUGAUUAUUUGACAGAGUCCAAGCUUGUUAUUUAGUCUUUACUUAGUGGAGUAUGGUUCCUUAUUUUUAGAGAUAAGAUUAGUUUCCUUUUUUUAGAUCAUGUAGUCAUCGUGUCCUUGUAUUGUGCAAUCUGUUGCUCUACAUUUUCUAUUUAAAUGGGCACAGAUCAGUUGAAUAAUAUUCUCAAUUCAGU